UCAGAUUCGCAAAAUCGACGCAAGACCAGUCAAUGGACGGACGGGACCGCUCUCGACCAGCAUCAUCACAGAUAUGUAUUGCUAGCAGCUAAAAUAUCGACUGCGCUAGUCUUAUUGAUAACCUUUCCUUUAUGGAGAAAGUCGUCAGAGCUCUUCAGUUGCAUCGUCGCUGUUCUCGCGUUACUGUGGUCAUACUCAUCACCCCCUUUCCGACUCAAAGAGCGACCAGUCCUAGACUCACUAUCGAACGGAGCAAUAUGCUGGCUUUUCUGGGCUUGCGGCUAUAUCUUCGAUGGAAACGCAACAUUCGUCUCUUCUGUAACUACUUCAAAGAGCGGCUGGCUUAUCCUACUAUAUAGUUCAGCUCUGCACAGUAUGGCCGCGAUGGUAGAUGUGGACGCAGAUGCCUUUGCAGAGUAUCGUACUAUUGCGACAGUCUACGGGGAGAAGUUCUUAGCAAUGUUCUCUCUUACUUGUUUGUAG